UACUCACACGUAUGUCGUUUCAAGGGGAUAAACUGCUUAUUGGUCUCCUGAAAGUUAGUUAUGGCCUAUGGAGAACGGUAUCAGGACCUCUUAAGUUUUGGUGGGUGGUGAAUGGUGGAGAUGAUCAAAAGGAUAAUUCAGUGUAAGGAAACAAACUUACCUUUAAACAAUUUAGCAGGUUAGAAUUGGGGAUAAGGACUUUUCGGUAGGGAUGUGGGUUAAAAAGGGCUGUGAUGUUGGUAAAAGCCUAGCGGCAGAUAGUUGCCCAAAUUUGGUUGUCUAGCUGCAUAUAGUUGCUCCAUUUGGUUGUCUAGCUGCAUAUAGGUUGUCCCAUUUGGUUGUCUAGCUGCAGAUAGUUGCUCCAUUUGGUUGUCUAGCUGCAGGUAGUUGUCCCAUUUGGUUGUCUAGCUUCAGAUAGUUGCUCCUUUUGGUUGUCUAGCUGCAGGUAGUUGUCCCGUUUGGUUGUCUAGCUGCAGAUAGUUGCUCCAUUUGGUUGCCUAGCUGCAGGUAGUUGCUCAAUUUGGAUGAUAAUAAUAAUUUUAACAAGAAAUUGUUCAGAGCUUUUUGUUAUGCAUUAAAAAAAAAAUACAUUGUAAUAUUUUUUCUGAAAUGAAAACAUUAAUAUUUCAGAUUUUACUGACCAAUUGGGUCUGUCAUUUAAUGGUGGAAAUCAAUUCAUAGAACAUCCGGGCAUUAAUUUUGGUCAAUCUCAAUCAAUGGCUUUGUAGCUUAUAUGAAUAUAUAUAUAGUUUGUUUCUGUUUACACAUACCUGUUUUUAAACAUUGCUGCCCCAAAUAACAUUAUUGCCAUGGAUUCUUUGCUCGUGGAUGGAGAGAUAGGGUGUUUGUGAUUGUUCAUGGGAUUAUCGGGAGGGGGUGCGGGGGCCGGGGGGGGGGAGAUGCAGUUGUCUGUGAGAACAUGAACAUUGAAACCGGGCGAGCACCUGAACAACCAACAAACAUGUCAACUUGCCAGUUGGUAAACAAAACAUGUCUGGGUGUCGUGGUGUUGUUGGACUGGAGGAAACCUCUGGCCAUAAUGUCCAGGCGUGUUGUUAAUGAUGAUUAAUGCUGGCCGCCGAUGACAUGUAGAAAACUGUGAUUGCCUGCCAUGUGCAUGGUUUUUCCCCUCCAGACCCCCCUUUUUAAUGUGUGAUAUUAUUUUUUUCGUUUUUUUUUAUUGUGUGGUUCUUAUUCUGUUGUCAUAAAUGAGUAUAUUUAGAUUGUGCAUAUAUAUAUAUAUAUAUAUGUAUAUGUAUAUGUAUAUAAAUAUAUGUGAUAUAUAUAUAUAUAUACAUAUAUUUAUAUUAUAUUGAAAAGUUGUUAAUUUAUUUUGAGAUUCAGUUGAUGUUUUUAAAAAUACAUUUUUUCCCCCAAAUUUUACCAAGUACAUAUUUUUUAUUUUAAGGGGUUAGUCAGUUAAUUUGUUUCUGCAGCUUCUGUUUUCCUCAUCCAUUACCCAUCAUUAUACACUCUUUUUUAAAAAAAGAAAACAAACUUUUUAAACCCGUCAACCUGUGGUGUAGCACCUUCUUUCCUGGUACUGCCAGACAUUAAAUGGUACACCCCAAGUUAGCACCUUCUUAUGUUAGGUCAAAGUGAACUUUUUAAAUGUUUGGUUUUCAUGAUUUGUUAUAUUUUUUCCCCUCAAAAUGCCACUUCAUUCAAGUGUGGGCCCCAUCUAGUUAUAAGGUGCUUUUUACGUUGUGUUUCAGCUGUAGGCCACUUCAUUCAAGUGUGGGCCCCAUCUAGUUAUAAGGUGUUUUUUUACAUUGUGUUUCAGCUGUAGGCCACUUCAUUCAAGUGUGGGCCCCAUCUGGUUAUAAGGUGUUUUUUUACGUUGUGUUUCAGCUGUAUGCCACUUCAUUCAAGUGUGGGCCCCAUCUAGUUAUAAGGUGUUUUUUACGUUGUGUUUCAGCUGUAUGCCACUUCAUUCAAGUGUGGGCCCCAUCUAGUUAUCUAGUUAUAAGGUGUUUUUUACGUUGUGUUUCAGUUGUGAUACUUUUUUUCAAACUAAAAAAUAAAACUCUAUUGAGGUUUAAGUUUAAGGAAUUAAAAAAUGUCCUUCUCUGGGGAUUUCGGUCAUGAUUAAGAAAUGGAAUGAGUCCAUUAAACCCACGGUAAGAAGCCCUGAGUAGCUAAUAAAUAGUUAAUGGUGGGUGCUGACAGAGAGGAGGGAAGGAAACACCUGGAGUCAUUUAGUCAGCUGGUUAGAGAAAUGAGGUUACUUGCUCCUGGGGUAAUUACAUGUAAUUGACUUAAGUUUCAAUAAUCAUUAUAGGAUUAACUCGGAUUAUGAACUACACCAAAUAUUGAAAUAAGUUUCCAUCUAACGAUAUAAUCAACAAGUAUAAUGGCACGGAGACUGUAAGGGGUAGGUGGGCAGAAUUAGGGAGGGGAAAUAACUCAGAUAUCCGUAAAAAUCGUUUCCCUUGGCACCUAGCAUCAUUCACGGAUUUCACCUUGAUUAAAAUCAUGUCACUUAUUUGAGUCCAGGUUUGAUUACCUUUCAAAUAAUCUUUUUUAAAGUGUGUUUUUAUGGGGUUUUUUAAAUUUCAUUUUUACAAUAGUUAUUAGAUAAAAUAAACAACACUUUACAACCUUAAUUUGAAAAAAUGUUAACAUAAAUCUGUGAUUCAUUGUUAGGCUAUUCACCCUUAUUUUUAAAUAUAAGAAUUGGAAAUUUUACCAAUAAUAGGUAAGUGCCUGCCACCAAUCAUUUUCUGAGCAUCACGUUAAAAAUACGGUGCUUAUUUUUAAAUUAUAUUAUUUUGGCAUCAUUAGUAUGUGCAUCAUGGUUGUUUCUCUUACUCUUGUUCAUGCAUUUACUAUCACUCUCCUCUCGCUCUCUCCUCCCGCUCUCUCCUCCCCUCUUUCCUCCUUCUUUCUCACUCUGCUCCCUCUCUCUAUUCCCUCUCACUCUUCCCUCUAUUUUCCCUCUCUCAUCCUUCUCACUCCCCUCACUCCCUCUCCUCCCUACCCUCUCCUCCCCUCCUUUCACACUCCCCCUCUCUCGCUCUCCACCCUCUCUCUCUCUCACUCCUUUCCUCUCUCUAAAAAUACAUCUUAGUGCACCAAGUAUAAGCUAAAUUUUAGGAUACUGUUAGUACUAUUUUCUCUGCCUCGUUCUACCUUUUUGUAUAAAUUAAGAAAUAGAAGCAUUCCUUCUAUUCCAUGACCUCAUUGAGUGAUCUGGUAAGGCAAAUAAGUUUGCACCUUUAUCCCUCAAUAUUCCCACAAUCUGAACAUUAUUCCUGUUCUUGAAUCCCAAAAUCUGAUGAAUAUUCCUGGCGAGGAACCCCCAAGUUUGACCAAUAAAUUGAUCCUGCCUAGAAAUCUAGCGUCUGCUGGGAUUCAUUACUGAGCUGGCAGGCAUAGGUCCAUGGUUCUCCAAUCCAGUGGUCCCAUCCGGCAGUCCAUAUUUACUGCUAGUUUACCUGAGCUCCACUUAUUCUUCAGUUGUUGUUGAAGGGUUGCAGUUUGAUUGGAGACUUAAAAGAAACAACAGCAGCACACCAUGUGCCAGUUGAUAGUUGGCUGUUUUGAGUUUAUGUAUGCACCAUCAUGCUGCCUGUGCACAAUUGUUUAAUUUCUCAUAAAGAGCCGGUUACUGCAAUACAUGCCUUUAAUAUUCAGCUAUUUGAGUCUAGUCAACUUUUGCUCUGCUUCAUAAAUUAUAUUAUAAUACUCUGUGGGAAGGCAUUAGAUCAAAUGAGUGUCAUUUUUGUUUAACAUGGGGAAAAAAAAGUGUUUAAUUGAUGUAUUCUCUAACGUUUCCAAUGGUGUUUCCAAUUUCUAAUGGUGUGUAACAUUGUGCUUAAAUUAAAGUGAAUAAUGCACAAUUUAAACUCAUUGUGAAACAAUUUAAACAUAAAACUAUAAAUAAAAACUAAACCAUUUUCAUAUAUCACUGGGAUUUUGUUAGUUGCUAGUUGCAUAGAUUGUUUAAUCAUAGCAAAGUUUGUUAAUUGGUCGUUUAUUCUUUUCUAAUUUGUUUUUUAAUUCGCUGGAUUGUUCGUCAAAAAGAUUUGUUAGUGUUACCAAAUCCUUUGGUCAUUUGAUGUGUACAAUUUCACAGUGUUUAAAAAAAUGUGUUGAUUUUGGGUAAAAGUUGUUUCAAAUGUAUAGAGUUUCUUGUCAAUAGAAAACAAUUGAAGCUCACUCAGCUUACUGAAACCAAAUUGAAGUUUAUUAAAAAAAAAAAAAAAUGUAUUUAACAAUAAAAAUGUACAUGUCCUCAUCUAAAAUAAUUAUUGAUUCUUAUUUUUUUAUUCGAUUUUAUAUUGAAUGAACUUUUUAUAACAAUGUAUUUUCUUUCUUCAUUUAUACAGAAAUACCAUUGAAUGAUUGCUAAAAAUUCAAGGGAAGUAACAUGGUAGUGACUCAUUCCUCACUUAUCCCCCUUCAACCUUGGACUGCUGUAGCACUCAUUUCUCUGACUUGAUUUCAUCUGACCUGACAGGAUAAGUGGACAGUUUACUUGAUUGGAAGACUUGGACCCUUUCAACCAGGUAAGAAAGCAGGUGCUAUUCAUCACUGUAAGGCCUGAAGGCUCUUCUGAUGUUUUGACAUCACUGAUGGCUCAUAACAUAAACAAAAUUGUGUUUUAGUUUUAUCAUUUAAUGUUUGAAAGGAAAGUCUGGGGAAACAAAACAACAAAUAGUAAUUUCUUUUCUAAAAUUGUAAAUAUUGGCCUGUUCAACAUAUGCCCAACACAUGCAAUGUUCCCUCUAAGGUUUGUUGGUUCGUAUGCAAAAUCAUACUGUUGUAUGAAAAGUUUUACAGCAUCAAUUUUUGUGUGCAAAAUAUACAGCCCACAAACAUACACACACAGGGACAUUACAUAAAUGAAGUAGUGCACAAAAUUUUAUAUAAAUAAAAAAAAGGAACUAAAAUUAAAUAAUUCUAAUCAGAAAUGUCACAAUAGUUAAAACAAAAUCAAAGCUUCAUUUAUUUCUAUUAUUUAUCCCGUCGUUGGGUCAAGCAACUAAAUUCCACACACCCACUUCAAAUGGCUGCUAGUCGUUUGAUUGACUUGUUCCUGGAGGUACUCUGGCGCCUGUCUUUCAACGAUAUCCAUCUUUUAUACAAAUCGUCAAGGUUGAGCUGAUGUCCAUCAUUCUGAUGUGAUUUAAUCCUCAUAAGCAUGUCUAAAUGUAAAUCUUCCAGCCUAUUUCUAGAAUUUAUUUUUAUAUUAUUCAUUAGGCUGAAUCCACAUUCACAAUCGGCGAUAAAUGUAAGAAAUGUAGCACAAAAACCAACAGAAUGGCAAUGUCACCGAAUUGCUCCUCAUUUAUUAGAAAUCUAACCAUCUCAUUGAAAGUUUGCAUCAAGCCUUAUUUCAUUUUUUCUGCAAGCACAAACCUUAAGUUAUGAUGCUGAUCCUUAACUUUCUGCAGAAUGUCAUCAUAGUUUUCCAAGAAUGCUGCAUAUCUAGAAAUCAGUGCUGCAAAUUCUUCUUGGCCAAAACUUAUGUCUGAAGUGCCGAUUAACGCUGAUAUCUCAAAGAUUUGCCAUUGCAACAACUCACUUUCAGGGAAACAAGAGUCCAGGUGCAAACAUAAAAAUUCAACGAACUUUAGGAUAGAACUCAUGUUUAUAUCCUCGUCAUUUGCAAGCAGUUUAGCAACCUCUUCGGACCAGUGCACAUUUUCACAAAGUUACUAAGCACGGAGCUUGGCGAGCCUUGAUUUUACGAAUUGGUAUGCCUCGAUGGUCGUAAGAUUUUUCUUUGUAGCAGCUUGCAUAAUUCAGCAAGCUCACCAACAACUUCAUCAAGGACAAUUGGUGCUGUUUGAAACUCCGGAUCCCUUAGUUUCUUCAAAGUACUUAUGAACCGGAUCAUUAUACAGGCCCACCUGCUCCUCACAGUAUUCAGUCAACAGUUGUAUGUUUCUCAGUAAUGCUCGUAAAGCAAAGUGCAGCGAAAGCCACCUGAUUUCAUUCAAUGGUCUAAUAAGGGGUACAGAAUCACAUUCCAACACCUUAGCUAGAUGGUAAACUGGGCUCUCCGUACUGUCGACCUACUGAAUAAUGAGUACACUGUCCAAAGGAAUGUUUCAAUUUCUGCCUUUAAACUUAUACGUUUGCAAGCAUCAUCAAUGCCUAAAUCUUCACGAUAAGCAACACAAUGUUGUUCAAGUAGAUGUUGAAUUUAUUGGUGAAGAAUUGCUUCAUGUUCUUGCCUAGCUUAACCGAUGCACCAUCAGGGAUAAACAUAGCCAUUUUCUGCAUGUCCAAUGUAUUCUCUUGAUAAAACUCUGUUAUUGCUGAUUCCACCGAUUUACCGCCUUAGGCCGACAGACAGAAAAUUCCAACAAACACUGUCUUGUAGACAUUACCGGGAUAUGGCAGAAAAUUUGCGUAUAAGAUAAACAUUUAUGUCAGUGCUCUUAUAUACUGUUAAUGUGUGGAAAUUUGUAUUUCAAAGUUCGCUAAUUAUAGCAUCCUUCACUACAGAGUCGAUAGAAUCAACAAACUCUAAAGCGUAAUUCUUACUGCACCAGCUAUCAGGGAAUGGGGCAUACUUAGCCAUAUUGAUGUGUAUGUAUUGAACCGCAUUCAUAGAUGUGUUCAUGUUGAUAAUAGCCAAGAGGACGUUGUCAAUCAAAAUUUUAACCUGGUUUUCUUUAGCACUUUUACGUUGUGCUGCUUCUUGUCUCAUGCCUCAAUCAGCAACACUUUCUGUAAGCAUUCGCAGUACACCUCCUGAGUGUAUAGAACAAAUUCUCUGUAUUAGCAUCUGUGUGUAUUUUUUGCUUGAUACGUCGUUUAAGAUAAACCAGCUUCCAAGCCUCCCACCUUAUCCCUUUGUGAGAAAUCACCACCGGCAUUAGCUUUGAAGCACAUUUCACAGAGAACAUCAUCAUCAAUUACACAUUAUUUAAAAAUAUCAACCAGCUCGACAGUCCACUCUAAUGACGAAUCUCGUUGUGCUGCAUGCACUAAUUCAUUGAGCCAUUCCGUUUUAAAAUUUGAUCCACACUUUUUCUUAGCAAACGAUGACGCCGACCAUUAGGUUAACUGAUGUUUAGACAACAGUUAAAACAUUAUUAAAAAUAAUUAGCUACUAUAUUUAUAGUAAAUUAUAGACAUGAGAUUUAUUUACUUGUUUUUUGGGGGGGUUUUUCGGGAGUCGACCAUGAACACUUUAAUCAUCAGAUUUGUGCUACUUCUGUCUGUGGGUGUGAAGACCGGGUCUUCCUGGCAUGUCUCUUGCGCUCUGCAGCCGCUGUUCCGCUAACUUCAUGUUGCAUGGAGCUCCUGUGAAAAGUGAAACGCCAUGAUGUUCGAUCCUUUUCUUUUUCCUCCCCUGGGUUUAUGUCGAACGCUUUCAGUGAGGCUUUAAGGUUGUCUUUAAAACCUUUCUUCUGCACACCAGCAGACCACCUUCCUUGUUGGAGCUCACCAUAGAAAAUUAUUUUGGGGAGCGAAGCUGGGACUGCAUUAAGAUGGUAAAGAUGCUGGGGAGACCUGCAUGGGUGAGCACCUCAGUGUCUGGGACCCUGUCCUGCCAUUAAAUGUUGAGGAUUUUUCUGAGUAUUGUUGUAUGAACUUUAUGCACAUUCACUGCGCAGUAUCAAUAAUUCUACGUAAAAAAUUAGAAGGUAAAAAUAUAAAUCUGAAUCAAAUUAAAAACAUAGAUGUAUAUGUUAUAAAACUGUAUGGUUCAAAUUUAUUUUUAUACAAAUUUGCCCGAUACUCAAAACUGCUGCGCGGCAUCUGUGAGAUAGCUGCGUGGCCGCGCAGCCACACAGCUCAAAGAUAACAUUAAACACAUGUACAUAUUAUCAUUAUUAAGUCAUUUGAGGUUUUGCAGUAUUCAAAACAAAUGACUUUCCUGAUGAAGGAGAAACAUGUUUAUGUUGUAUUUUAAAGCCCGCCCCCCCCCAUUUUCACUUCUUAUUUUUAAAUCCUAACAUUUUCCAGAUAAAAAAUUUACAAAACAUAAAUCUUGGUGGGAAACAAAUAAUUCUAUCAAACCCUCUUCCCCAUUUUUUAUUUUAUUAAUUGUGUAAGUGAACUAGUAAUUCUGUUGUAUGUUAAUCUUAAUCAAGAACAUCAAGCUAAGGGAUUAAUCACCCAUGUAUACAGAAUGUCAUAUUUACAAAUUGCUGUUAAACAAAAACUAUUAAAAUUAUUCUAUCGUCUCUCUACAGAAAUAAACAAUCUCCAGACCGAGGCUGAGAAAAAAAAUAUUUUUCUUGGACACAGCCCCUUUGCAAAAACUUAUUAAUCAUGAACGACUUUAGUUCCCCAAGCACAGAUGAGCCCCUCAUCGGCAACCCCCGAGUGCACGUUGAAGGCCGCGAGAACUAUGAGCGCAACCACAAAGCCUCCGACUGGUUCGCUCACAACAACAACCCCACCUCUGACGCUAAACCCGACGCCCGUCUCCGGUCUGAUGCUGCUCGUGACAACGCCUUGAAAAACCGGGGCUCCAUGAACGAGAACAUGCAAGGCUACGCCAACCCGCCCGUUUCCAGGAACCUUCACCCCAGGGGAGUGAAGCCCGAGGCACAGGAAAAUGCUGCCGGGAACCAAGGGGAUGGGAUGAAGAAUCUGAUUGAGAACUAUGGAAACCUUGAGGUGUCACCUCGACCAGUGCCGAAGGUGAGCACAGUCCCUACUGAAAUUUUAUUUAGGUAGCUUUGAGAUUGCUUUAAGCUUAAGUUAUGUGAUAUACUGGCAUCUGUCCACCACAAUGUAACCUGGUGUAGACUUGGCAGGAUGAAAUUACAAGUCCUGGGAUUUCUUUUUUAAGGAGGAUAAGCUGGUUCCCUAAACAGCAAAUCACCCUCCUCGGUGCAUCUGGAUAACCCAAGGGAACAUCAUAUCUGAAUGAUACAGCUUGGCACCAGUAGCAUCGCAGGAGUUACCAGAAUUUUCAUUAUGUGAAUGUCAUUUUCUUUUAAAAAAAAAAAAAAAAAAAAAAAAAAAAAAAAAAAAAAAAAAAAAAAAAAUUUUUUUUUUUUGUUGUUGUUGCUGAUGUUGACUUUGUACCACGCUUCGAGCCUUUGUAGAUGAAGCAUGUUUUUGAAAUAAACUUUAUUAUUAUUAUUAUUAUAUAAAGAUAUAGUUCAUCAGUCAAAAUAAAAAAUGACCACUUUAAUCAUCAUAUAUAUUAAUUGUAAUAAUGGCUGUGGGUGCGCUGAUGGCUGAUGAGGCAGAUUCUGGCACAAAAUGUCCUUGUGCGGUAAUUGCAAGGGAUUGAUGGGACGUCUCCAGGUGCAGAGUUAACCCGGGGUUUUCUGGCAUGCCUAUUGUGCUCUGCAGCCACUGUUCUAUUGGCUGAUUGCUGUGUGGGGCCUUUGCGUACAGAGGAACGACAUGAUGCUUGAUACUUUGCAGUUUCUUCCCAUGUGUUAGCGUUAAAAUAUAAUGCUUUUAGAUUGUCUUUAAAGCAUUUCUUAUGUCCGCUAGCUCAAGCUCGCCAUAGAAUAUUCUUUUGGACAAGCCGUCAGCCAAUAUUUGCGAAACGGGGACUGCAUUAAAAUGGUAAAGAUGCUGGGGAGACCUGCCUGUGUGAGAACCCCAGCGUCUGGGACCUUGUCCUGUCAUUUGGUGUUUAAGAUUUACCUGAGACUUGGUGUAUGAAAAGUGGUUCAACAUUCUUGCAUGGUGUUAAUAGACCAUCUACAUUUCUCAGGCAUAGAGAAGCGUAGGGAGCACAGCCGCCUUAUAUACUUCCAUUUUAGUUUGGAUGCUGAUACCUCUCCUGGUCCAUACAUUAUUAGACAGUUUUCUCUUGCAGUGCGAAGGUUAACCUUGUCAUCGACGAUAGCGCUUUAGGAUCGUGUGCUGCCAUGGUGUGAGACGCUAUCUAUCACACUUAGCCUUUGGUCAAUGCCAUACAGCACGGGACCCCAUCUUUGGGUUUGAAUUCAGAGUUUUCCUUCUCUUAGAUGAGUUACAAUCCAAGGAUAACUAGUCCCAUCCACCCAAAGAGCUUUUGGGUUUUUUUUUGCUUGACUAGGCUUUUGGUCGGGGUUGAACUCCAGUCCACAAGCUUGCGAUUGAUUCAGUUUAGACAGCUGGAUGGCUGAGGGGUCUAUGUUUUAUAAGACAUAAAGUAAUUAAAUCAGGCCUGCACAACUCAAAAUGUAAGGCGGGCAGUAACACUUUAUGAAAAACUUGUGCGGGGUGAAAGAAAAUAGGACAGGGGGAAAGCUAUUAAGAAAAUAAUAAUAAUAAAGAAUAUUUUGUUACUUCGAGGGCCACAAGGUGGGUGCUGGCGGGCCUUAUUUUGGGCAGGCUCAGUUGAAUUAGAUUAUUGGGUGCUGGGUGGCUGAGUGAUAUAAACUGAGCCAAUGUUAAGUUCAUGGUUUGAAGUUCAAUCCCCACCAUAGGCCAGUCAAGCAAAAGAUGAAACCCAGAGAUGGAGUCCCAUAGGCAGAUAACAUUGGCACAAUUAAACAUUCCGACAACUCAUGUAACAUCCACAUGAAGUUCCAUUGGGUUAUUCAGAAGAGAGGCAAUUUGCUUUUAAUUCUAAAAAGAAUAAUCCCAGAUCUUGUGGAUUUAGUCCCGCGAAUUCUACACCAUCGUCAUAUUGUGACAGAUGGGCACCACCAAAAAAUUUGAUGAUGGUUCUAAGAAAGAAAGUUACAAGGUUAAAAACCACCCCUCAAACAAUAAAGAAUUAAGUCUGUGAUAAAGCUUGAGUAGAUUAAAAGGCACAGUUUUGGGACCAGCUGUUCUGAUGAUGUAUUAUUUGUAUUAUAUUAUAUUCUGUUGUAUCCUGUAUUAUAUAUGUUUAGUCUUUUGAAGAAGGGAUUGCACAGAAAUGAUAUUGAUUUUAUCAGUGAUAAAUAAAAUUAAAUAAAAGGUGGCCCUAAACUUGUUUUUGUGCUUGAUUUGUAUCUUUUUGACACAACUUAAGAUUUAUCACAGACUUAAUAUUUACAGUUUAAGGAGUGGUGUUUAACCUUGUGACCUUUCCUUCUUUCCUUCCAGCGGCUGGACAACAUUGGUUUCAGAAAUACUUACUUUAGUAAUAAAACCCCUAUAAACAAAGUUUUUCGUAGAAAUCCUUAAUAUGCAUUUUUGUUCAAAAUUUAUAUAAUAGUAUGUGAUUUGAAAACAAACUAUGUGCCAAGUUUCAGGUCCAUAGGAUGACGGGAAGUGGGUCAAUAUGCCUUCAAUAUGCCUUCAGAAGAUUUGGCUUUUGCCACAAAGAAAGAAACACACAAACAAAAGGGAAGUUAAUAUAAAGGAUUUAAAAAGGAAUUUUCCUAAGUCUGUUUUUUUUUUUUUUUGUAGGUGAAAGGUGCAGACGCAGAAGAAUAUCUACAAAGGGGGCAGGGAUCAACGAAAGUUCUCCUUGACCACUACAGCUCUGCACCCAUUCCUGCCAAUGAAUUUCCCCCCAAGCACAGAUUUGGAAUUGGUGCUGAAGAGGUUGGUGGUCUGCCACGGGCUCUUUCAGCUUUAGUUGUUAAGUUACUUUUUAGGCCAAUACAACAGCUAGCUACUUAACUAGGUCAGUACAACAGCUAGCUAACUAGGCCAAUACAACAGCUGCCUAAUUGUGUUGAAAAUGUAUGAAGUUUGGCAGAUGGUUGUGGGGGGGGGGGGGUCAGGCAAAAAGGCAAGACAUCAUUUAUGGAUGUUAGAAAACAAGGCUCAUUAAAUCUAUUAAUGCACAUAUACAAUUGUUAUUAUUUUUUUAAAAGUACUUAAUAAAUGAAAUUUAAAAAAUUAAUGGAAGCCUCUAAAUAUUUAGCGUUAGAUAAAACAUUAGACAUCUAGGCCGAAAUUGCAGAGUGGUAUCUAAGACAAGAUGUGCAGCUAUGCUAACUGCCAGGCCACUACUGACAACAACAUGCCGGGUGCGUUAUCUUUUACACUGGCCAGAUACAGUUUUAAUCAGACAGAAAAUUCUUUGUCGCAAGGUUUAUAAAAUACCAUUUAUGUUUAUUGAGCUCUCAUUACCCUCAAUAUUUUUAUUUUUACCCCAUUCGGGGUAAUUUACCCAGGCUCACCAAACUCUGAGGUAAACCUGUACAAAUUCUCAAGCGGUAUGAGGCUCUGGCUAAAUCGGCUUUUAAAAUACCAUUAUGUUAUCGACAUCAGCAAUUGUUUCUGUUGGUUACAAAGUGCCCUUGCCCUUUGUUAUUACAUCCUGGCACUUGUCCUUUACCAUGGCAAAAAGUUACUGACUUCUGGUAUGAAUGUUGUAUUGACUACUGCAAAGGAAAACACGCUAGCCCCUAACAGUUAGUCAUUAUAAUUUAUGCUAGGAGACCUCUCACAGAUGGGAAACUGAGCUAAUUGUAUAAUGUCUUCAAAAGAUUGCAGAGAAGCACAAAGGUGAGCGCAUGGGGCCCUUGAUGAGGCUUGAGGGCACCAAGACACCUAGGGAGCCCAAGCAGGGGCGUUUACAUCAAGAGUCUUCGGGCAGGUUAGUGGAGACAGCUGUUUAACAUUGACUUGAAUAAAUUAGAACACCGAAUAAGUCAUGAAAAUUGGAAAAAUAGAUAAAUAGAUAAGCUUGUAAUGAAUGUAGUCAAGAAAAAAAACUUGGUUAAUUUAGUUUAUCCAUACUUCAAAUGAAAGCUAAAUAAAUAUUUAUGUUGGAUCUUUUCCCUGGCCUGCAUGCACAACAAGGCAAGUGUUUUAAUGUGUGUGUGUGUGUGGGGGGGGGGGGGCAGCUGAGUCAGUUUGUCAAAGAAUAUUCCAUCAAAUCAAAACCCAAUUUAUGGCUUAAUUAUGUUGGAUCUUUUCCCUGGCCUGCAUGCACAACAAGGCAAGUGUUUUAAUGUGUGUGUGUGUGUGGGGGGGGGGGGGGCAGCUGAGUCAGUUUGUCAAAGAAUAUUCCAUCAAAUCAAAACCCAACUUAUGGCUUAAUGAGAAAAUAUGAGAAAAAAAUUGUGUUUAAAGAAUGAACAUUUAAGAUAAAAAAAUGUGCCAUUACUUUCUGCAAACUUCUUUGCUAUUGUUAAACUGAAGUUGUUGCUGGAUGUGCUGCCAUCUGUUUCAAACAGUUUCUUUUUUUUUUUGGCAUUUUAAAAAUCGAAGACAACAAAAGUUGAAUUAGGAUGUGAUGUCCAAACCAAAAUGUAUUUUUUUAAAUCAUCCAUUUAAAGUUAAUAAAGAUUUUGUAAAAAAACAGAGGACUGCAUUAUUUGUGAUUUUGAGAUAGUCAAGGCAAAGGGAAAAACCCAUGUAUUUACUACAGUCUCUUGGCCAAAACAAAAAUGACACGCCAAAGUGGGAUGAUCUUGACCCUAAGGUUCCCUUAGAGCAUUGCAUGCACUUUUCAGGGGCUGGGUGACCUCUCCAGGGAUCUCUCCAGCGCCCCCCUCACCCUUUUUUAUAAAUUCAUUCUAAAUAGAGAUCAUUGAGUAAAAAUGAAAUAUGCCGAGCUACUUAAACAACCAUUUGGAAACCAAUAAAUAUGUCUUUGAGUUUCGUGAAAAUGACAAGAAACUAAAAACACAUGGACUCUGAAAUGUUGUCCUAUCUUUCUCCAGUGGUUGGGAUGAGGACCCGCCCCAGCACCGCAUGCGACCUGAAGGUGAAGGCAUUGCCCAGAAGAACAGCGCUGACUCUAUCAAUGAGAUUAUUCUCCAGAACAACCAUGACUUGCCACAGAAGAAGACACCCAAAGUGCUUAAACACAUGACGGUAUCGGAGAACUCGUAAGUUGUCUCGCAGAAAACUGAUGGCAACUCAGUAACACUGAGUUAUCUUACAGAAAACUGCCAGCAUCACAAAAUGAAAAGUUAGAAAACUUGAAGCAUUUACUUAAGGAGACCAACUCCAUUACCUUCAUAUUAAUGAAGCAAGCAGUAGGCGCCCAGUAAUACCCUGAAUACCUCCCCUUUUAUCUAUCUAAACUUUUAUAUGAUCUUGUAUUCCAGACGUAAGACUCCACCGAACCGAGUCCGCCUGGACGGAGUCCGCAACAUGGAGAAAGCCAGAAAUCAGGAUGAGAUGUCUGCCAUCAUGCACGGCAGCCCCGUCCAACAGCAGCGACCAGACAGUGCCAAGAAACAUUUGCCCCAUCUGCAGAGGUCUGAACUGUGGUAGGGUCAACCAUGAAGAUGCAACUAGUGUGUUGAGUGGGAGGAGGAUUAUUGAUCAAAAUGAACUUUAUAUUUGGAGGCCAUGUUUAAAAAAUAUUUUUGUCUGCUCCAAUAGAAAUUGAUCUGCUGAAUAACUGAGAUAAACAACGAAUUCUUCAUUCAAAAAUUAGAAUUCCUAGCUGAGCUGAUAGAUGUUUGAAUAAUUAGUAGUUUUUGUUACCAUUGCUGCAGCUUAAUCCCUUACUCAAUCAUUUAUUAGGUGCAGUUAUCAGAGAACAAGGGCCGCUACUUAGGCAUUACUGUGAAAUAAAAUUAAGAACAAUUAUCAGGCUGUGGUACUCUGGGGUAUUAUUUGAAAAAUGUUGAUUGACGCUGGCAGUUGUAAAAAAGACUUUUUUUUAGUUCCCCGUUUUUAUGGCCAUGGUCAUUUUUUUCUCAACAUAUGUACUUAAUAUGCAUUGCUUUAUCAUAAAUGCAACAUUUAUGCAUACAUAAAACUAAUUUAAGCUACAAUAAUUUAUAUUUGUAUGUUGAUAAAUGACAAUGUUUCAAGAUAUGGCUUUAAAUUUUUAAAGGGAUGCACAAUGUUGCAGCAAUGGAAAUGACUUAUUGUGUUUACAGAGUCUCUGAGCAUCCUGUACUUAAUUUGUAUGAAAUAUAUUAUGGAAAAAUAAUCAAAAUGUCGGCAAUUCUUGAAAAUUUUUAGGGGGUAAUAGGAUUAGAUUUAAUAUGUACAUUUUGAAUGUAUCUAAUCUCAUCAUCUAAUACAACGGCUCCCAUUCACCUUGAUUACACAUUUUAUUUAACACACACACACACACACACCCCCCCACCCCAAUUUUGAAAUAUAGCUUCUUGUAUAUGAAUAUACCACAAUUUGUGAACCGCUGAUCUACUAUACUAAACUACCCUUAUGUCAUUUAGACUUGGAGAAAAGAAUAUCUCAUCAUGAUAAUUGUCUUUUUUAAAGAGAGACUACUAAAUGUAUUUUAUUAAAGUGGACAAGGCAAAGAAGUUUUUAAAAAAAAAACUUAAAAAAAAAAUAUUCACAUGUCUUACAUUACAUAUUUUUAACAACAAAUCUGCUUAAAGCUUGUUAAGAAUUUAUAAUAAUUUAUUUUAAUUUAUAUAACCAUGAUUAAUCUGGAUACCCAUGUAUGUGUUUUGGCAUGUGUAUAUUUAAUACAUCAUUACAUCAGACCUUGUUUUAAAGUAUAAAAUACAAUUUUAAAUUUCCUUUUUACAGACACUACUAAAUUAUUCUUGCUAGAAAUCAUGUAGUGUCAGAUAUUUAUAGUACCAUGUGUUUUUUUGUUUGUUUAUAGUAAAACAAAGAGUGGUAACAAAAAAAUAAUUAAAUUUUAAUCUGUUGAGAGCAAUAAAAUGGAGAGGAGAUAAAAAAAAGGGAAAAUCUUAUGUAUGUUUUUAGGCUUUCUAUUGUUCUGCAAAUACAGCUUUAUCUGAUGGAAAAAGAAAGAAGCACAUUUAAAAAAAAAAAUUAUCAAAAUUAGAUUAACAAAACACUAACAAGUUGUUGAAUUUUUUAAAAAAAUUCAUAAAUUAUAUAUAUUUGCCUAAAUAAUGUAGCAGGAAAUAAAUGUUGUUUAUUAUCAGGUUCUUGAAUUUCAACUAUUUUCAUUUAAUUAUUGUUCUUCCAGUGUUGUUUACCAUAGUCCCAAAAAUAUAUGCAAGGCAUUCCAAGGGGACAAACUUACAUUAUAUAUGCUUAUCAAUUUUUUUAAAUAUUUGUUUUUUCACUGGAACAAUAUACAAAAGUAAACAAUCAUGUCAAUGGAGGAAGAGAGAACUUUGAAAUGAAUUUUUAAACUUUUCUCCUCAAACAUCCAUUUUUGUUAAGAAUGUUUUUUGACAAUUUUUUUACUGACCAAAAAAAACAACUCUAUAAAAUGUAUAGACAACAUAUAAUUUCAAAUGGUGCUGCUGACAUUCUUAAAAUUUCCAUCCUUGCAUUGGUGGGUAUUGACCUUCAGUAUCUUCCAUUUCUCCCAUUAUCAAGUCACUGCUACUUCAUUUCAAGUUAUUAGUGCGCAUGUAAAUGAAUUCUUUAAAAAAAAUUAAUAAGAAUCAAAAUUGACUCUGUGGUUAACUUAAUGUGUAAUGUUGAAGGUAUUAAAACCCGGGUUGUUGUUUUUUUUUGUUGUUUUUUUUUACAGGCAAAUGUUAUUAUAAUAGUUUCUUGCCAUCACUGUGCUGCAACCUUUAUUUAUUUAUUUGUAUAGUUUGAAAAUCUUUUUGCUUUGGUGGAACAAAAUCCGCUUUUUGUUGUUUCAUAGUCAACAUGGGAUCAAGGAUAGACUUUGUGUACUCAUGAGUUUGUUAUAGCCCUCAGUAGUUAGUUUAUCUCUAGAAAACAAUAAUCAAAUCUGAAGGUAUUUACACAGAUAUUUACUAUUUAUUGACUAGUAAUAUACAUUUACAUUUUAGUCUCAGAUUAAGCCUUUUUAAGGGAUUCAUCUUAAAUUUUUUAAACAUUGUUUUGUCAAAUAUUUUAGUGAUUUUUACAAAUGUGUUUUUAUUUUUUUUUACAAUACAGAAAUAUGUGUUGUUUCAGAUGACCCAUAACACCUAAUUGUUAUUCAUGCUUACUCUUAUAAUUUCUAAAAUUCAAACUCUUUGAAAAAGAUCUACAAAAUUGGAUUUUAAAUUUUGAAAAAUCAAAAUAGACUUUUUGCUAAAAAAUUUAAUGUGCAAAGUUGAUGUAUUUUAUCCCCUCUUGAAAGACUUUAGUCUUAAAGACCUUGCUAAAAUUAUUUUAGGCCGAAUUUAUGACCAUGAAGUGUGCACAAAAGAUUUGUACAGAUUAUCUGUGACAUGCAAUUUUUGUUGCUUGUUUGAGGGGAAAUUUGCAUUUUGUCAACAUCUGUGAACUUAAUUAUGUUGUGUUCAUGAGAUAUUACCAUGGUUUAAAAUAUCACAAAAGCCUACUCAAAUGUGAAUUUAGGCAGUUCCACUGUAAAUUCUGUAUUCAUCCUUUUUAAUUUCAUUACAAUACAUUAAAUUACCUUAAGUCUAGUUACUUUUUAAAUUUUUAAUGCUUAAGUUACUGAUGGUAGUUAUUUUAUAUACUUAUUUUUUUGUUCAAAUCUUCAUAUAAAUUUAGCCAAAUGUACUUAAUUGAUGUUAGAACUUGUCAUUGUGAAAAGCUUGAGAGACAAAGAUCUGAAACUUAAUUUGAAGUUACAUGGCUUUUUUUUUCUUAACCCUUUUAAAUUGAUCAUCAAGUAAGGGCAGUCGCUCCGGUUAACUAAAUCAGCCGUGCCCAACAGUUGCUUCAGCUUCUGCUUUUAUGCCUCUUUGUGUGUUGAUAACUGUAAAGAAACUCAUUUACAAUCUCAUUUAUCUAAUUUUUAAAAUAUUUCUUUUGAAAGUUUAUUUAAAUAUUUUUUUUUUUUUUACUUGUUUUGAUCUGUCAGUCUUCACUAUAAUCAAAGGUUGUGAUGCCGAUUUUAUUAGUAUUUCAUUUUAAUCCUGUUGUGAUUACAUUUGCAAGAGCUUGACAACAGGACCUGAUCUUGUUUGUUGUGUGGGGCUUGUGUGUAAAUGCUCUUAGCUAACCAAGACAAGUGGCACAUUUAUUCUUGAAGAAGCUGAACAGGAAUUGUGAGAUUAGAAUCCUGUAGGUUAUGUUUCUUUCUUUUUUUUCUUUUUUUCUUUUUUUUGGUAAUUUUAUUUUUUACAAGUACCAAAAGUGAAAAUGCCCAGUUGAUUAAAUAUUUUUUUUUUACUGAAGUGCUGUGUGUAAUCUAUGUUAUUUUAGAUGAAAGGAAUGAACAAGUUGCCGUGUAAUUUUGGAGGAAACAUAAGCCUUCAAAGAAAUGUUUAAAGGUUGAGGGGGGAAAAAAAUGUUGUUUUUUAUUCCUGAAGAAAUUUUCAUUUUUCAAAUUUAUAUAGUAACUUGAGGUUUGUAAUAGUCAAGUUGACGACAUACAACAAGCAAUUUCACUUAAUGCUCUACAAAGUUAUACAAAUGAAUAAUGUAACUUUCAGUGAGAAAGUGGUGAUAUGAAUUAGUUUCCUUUUCUUUUCAACAGUAACACAGCAUAAGACAGUUGGUAAUUCAAGUUGCUUAGCAUGGGACUAUUGGUUAUUCCAGUUACAUAACAAGUGGAUUGUUGGUUAUUUCAGUUCCAUUGCAUGGGAUGGCUGGUUAACCACAGAGAGAGAUGAGCCAGAUUGGGAUGAGAGAACAAAAACUUGGCUCUGCUUGAAUGUUCCUAGUGUUGCGUUGUUAAUCGUUAAUGUUAAGGUUAAAAGUUUGUACUUGUUUACAAAAAAAAAAAAAAUUAAUUAAAAUUAAUCA